UGCAUGCUUUUUACAACCUGACGACGCUCAAUUUAUUCACUGGCUUAAUUCUUCAUCUCCCACCAAUCAAUCCUUUUUAUAUGGAUAGUUUGGUGUAUUCUUGGUGGGACGUAACACGUACAGUCUCGCGUGUUUUAUUAAUAUGGUCGUUCUUGACGCAUCGAAGGAAAAUUUUGUAGAGGAUACUAGUUUAUCGAUAGACGAUGAAAGCCUUCAGGAAGAAAGACGUCGGACUGGAAGGUAUCUCGCUGCUGGAAUAGUGAUCUUCUUGGUAGGAUUAGGUCUUUAUCACGCCGUCGUUUAUGGAUCUACAAGACUGUCUGCCCUUCUAGGAGCGUCCCUUAUUAUGUUCCUCUACCUUUUAUGGCUUUUAUACGCUUCGCAAAGAAAGAAAAAACUUUUAAAAACAAAUGAAUUAGCUCUGCAGCAACAUAUAGAAGAUGUAAUAAUAAAAUCUACAAAGUCAAGUGAAAACCUAGUCCAGGUUCCUGGACUAGGUUCUCUCCUUGGAGGAAAACCUUCUCCUAAGAAAAAUAAUUUACAGGUUUUCAAUAGAUCCUAUUCCAUAGCGUAAGAGAACGGAGUUGAACAGUUAAUCGAAAGUGUAUCGGACAAUGCUGAUGUAUAUAGGGCCUGUAUACGUUAAAAAAAAUGAGGAAAAGAGCAAGGUAGAGGCAUACAGUGUUGUAGAAGGCUGAACAAAUUAGAUAUUCAUAUUUUUGUAAUACC